AUGACAUCAAUUCUUCAUGAACUCGCUCUCCUUGAACAGGAAAAUCCCAGAGUUGCUUCCGCACGAGGAUAUGAAUCCAAUACUACAAAAUUAUACAAUCUCAGCCAAUCCACCAAACCUUCCGAGAGUGAGAUCAUCAUCACCCAACAAAAUAUUGAAAGAAUCACGAAUCGAACAUUCCCUCAACAGGGUGCAUUUGAACAAGUUCCUUUAGAACAAUGCACGGAUGAAACUCUCAGAAAAAUCAUCGGAUGGCAUGAACAAUACAAACUUGAAAAGCCUCUCAAAAUUUUCAGGUACGAUGAAGGAAUGAAUACUUGGGGUGGAGGAUAUGAAGAUUGUUACUAUUUUGUAGGUGUGGAUGGAGUGUUUUUGAUUCUUUUUAAUACCUAUGGGUCCUUUUAA